AUGCACGAAAAGAUAAAAGAAGAAAAAAAGGAAUUAAAUAGUAUUCCCAAGUGUAAAAAUAAAACUAUUUUUCAUAUAUCCUUAAUAUGUAUUAUUACUAUAUUAAGUCGAAUAUGUUGUAUUAUAAAUACAGUAAUAUGGAGCAAACUAAUAAAACCGUACAAGUUUAGUAAUAAUUUAUUAUGUGAAGAAAAAAAUGGAGAAUCCUUUUUGUGGAAUAUUUUAAAAUGCUUUUCUUACUGGGAUGGAGAAUAUUUUUUAAGAUUAUCAUUAAAUGGUACAGAAUAUAAUUAUGAACAGAAUCAUGCCUUUUUCCCAACAUUACCAUUAAUAAUAAUAUAUAUAAAGAGGAUAUUAACAAAAUAUUGUAUAUAUGAAUGUACUAAUUGUGUAAUAUAUAUACUUAUCAUGUUAGUUGUUAAUAAUUUAUUUUUCUUAAUUGCAUCUAUUGGAAUAUAUGUAUAUUCAUUGAUUCAUUUUAGAAAUGAGAAUUAUGACAUAGAUGAAUUUAAAAUAUCAUCAGGAAAAGAACAUAAUUGUUACUAUUCAUACAAAAUUAAUAAUGUUAAAGAAUCUUAUCGUUUUAGUUUUUUUAUCUCUAUAUUAUAUGCAUUUUCUCUUGGAAAUAUUCAUGCUUCUUCCUUUUAUAACGAGAGUAUUUUUAGCUGUUUUUCUAUAUGGGGAUUUAAUUUUUUACAACUUUGCAUAUCCUCCAAAAAGAGAGGAGAAAAAAAGAAUUAUAUUUAUGAAAUAUUAUGUAUACUAUGUUUUGCCACAUGUUCUUGUUUUAGAUCGAAUGGUAUAUUGUUCUUAAUACCUGUUUUUUUUUUUAACAUACAAUCAUGUGUAUUUUUUCAAAAAUAUUUACAAGAGGUUCCAAAUAAGGAAAAAGGCAAAUGUGAGACAAUAAUAACAUUUAAGCAUUUUAAUAAUAAGUAUAAAUUGUUGACUUUUAUUUUUCAUUGGAUGAAAGCAUUAAUCGAAGCAAUAAUAAUAAUUUUACCUUUUGUUAUUUUUCAGCUUUAUGCCUAUAAUCUGUAUUGUACAGAAGGGAAUGAAUUAUUAAAAGAAGAAAAUAAGAAAUUUUAUGUAUUUUUCUUUAAUUUGUUUAAGGAUCCUAAUAAAUAUAUUAAUAUUUGGAAUAAUAAAAAGAGUUUAUUAAUAAAUAGACCAUGGUGUAAUAAUAUAUUUCCAUUCAUAUACAACUAUAUACAGUAUAAAUAUUGGGAUGUUCAAAUUUUCAAAAGUUUAUUCUCACCAAAUGUGAAUAUAUUGUAUUCAGCACCUGUAUAUUUUAUAUCUUUCCAUUGUAUCUAUACCUUCAUCAAAAAUAACAAAUCUAGUUACAACAAGUUGUCUCUAUUGAACAAUCACCUAUGGGGUGGUGUAAUCCAUUUGUUUGUUUUGUCAUUUUAUAUAUUAUUAUGUGCACACACGGAGAUAAUAUUACGGUUAAUAAUAAGUUGCCCAAUGUUUUAUUUGCAUUAUGGAUAUUUAUUAAGAUACUUUGAAAAAUGGAAUUAUCUCUUUUUUAUAAACUUGUUGUAUUUUUUUGUUGGCCCAGCACUCUUUGGAACAUAUAUUGCAUGGACAUAG